AAUCAUAGAUAUAUAUUAUUAUUGUUCUAUGAUAAUAGAUAAUAUUGAUAUCUACUAUCUACAACCGUGGUUUAUGAUAGUAUAUCGUACUCAUACCAUAGACCUGAAAACUAGUUAUAUCAUGCUACUUACUACUCGGUACUCGGUAGCAUAUUGGCGUCGGUUGUUGUUCUUUCAUUCCGUAGUUCGUACUUCGAGCUUGUAAUUUAUUGUUCGCAUUUUGGUUAUAACAUAGAACAAUGGUUAUAGUCUAUAAUCCAAAUACAUUGAGUUGUUCGUAUUUUUGUCUGAAUUUUUAACGUCGUUUUUCGUGCGCCAUCACGUCGAUCGCCAAUUGUAUUUGUAUCGUUGAACGUUGUUUUUCCUCGCGAGCUGUUAAUUGUUUACUUUUACGGGUAGACAGCACUCUUCUGUAGUACAUUUGGAGCGGACAGCUACGUAGUCGGACAACAGGGUAAUGUACGAACUACCUAGCCUGUUGAAAACGGCGUACUACGCUUGUAAUAAGAUCGAACGUAACAAGUUCGACUUGAUGGAAGCACCGGACGUCGAUAUCCAAGAUUGUUGCGAGUCGCUGUUCGAAAUUUUGAAAAUCGACAAAAACCUAAAUGAGGGCAAUGAUAGGCAGACCAUGUUCACCAGAUCGCAAUUCCCCAUCAAAGACCAGAGGUUUAAUAACAUAUGCGAAAAAGCAGCGUUGAACGGGCACAUCGAUUGCCUGAAACUUGCUCACGAGGUCGGCGUCCCUUGGGACUGUAAGUCAGGAUGGCACAACGGGACAGCGUGCCAAACAGCUGCGGGAUAUGGCAAUCUGGAGUGUCUAAGAUACGCCUUCGAGAACGGAUGCCUCUGGGACGAGGAGACGUGCAGCGAAGCCGCAAGCGGGGGUCACCUUGAGUGCUUGGUUUACGCACGGGAAAACGGGUGCCCCUGGGACGAAAAGACAUGUAGCAGAGCUGCUUGUAAUGGUCAUUUAGAGUGCUUGGCUUACGCACGGGAAAACGGGUGUCCAUGGGACAAGGAGACGUGCUCCUGCGCCGCUUGUUACGGUCAUCUGAAGUGCUUGGUUUACGCACGGGAAAAUGGGUGCCCCUGGGACGAGAGUACGUGCAGUAGCGCUGCGUCGAACGGUCAAAUGAAGUGUCUAGUUUACGCACGGGAAAAUGGGUGCCCCUGGGACGAGAGUACGUGCAGCGAAGCCGCAAGCAGGGGUCACCUUGAGUGCUUGGUUUACGCACGGAAAAACAGAUGCCGCUGGGAUGAUUUGACAUGUUGCCUAGCCGCAUCUAACGGUCACCUAGAGUGCUUGGUUUACGCACAUGAAACCGGGUGUCCAUGGGACCAGAAGACGUGCUUCGAAGCCACAUAUUUCGGUCACGUGGAGUGCUUGGUUUACGCACUGAAAAACGGUUGCCCCUGGACCGAGGACACAUGUUUAUUGGCCGAGAGGAAGGGUUACGUGGAGUGUUUGGUUUAUAGCCGGAACAUUCGCCCCUGGAACAGGUGGGACUAAAUGACGUGCUGCUACACCAAAUAUCUGGUUUAAAAGUGUUUAGAGGAAAAAAUAUAAUAGUUAAAUAUUAAAUUAAUAUACAUAUUUACUAUAAUAAAUUAAAAAUGCUUAUUUUUUCAGACAAAUAGACUACUUUAUUUCCAUCAAUAAGUUGCAACAAUUAACUCGAUUUGCCAUUUGACAAAAUAUUCUAAUUUUUUACAUCAUGUACAAUGGUUUAAUCGAGCCAUAUUUUUAUAAUUGACACCAGUUUAAAUUUUAAUUUUAAUGUAACCAAUUUGUUGUAUUAUCAAUUAAAUAGUGGUUAAUUUCAAUUGCCUAAAAUGUUUAAAAGUAUUAAGUAAAGAUUAGUAAUAAUAUAAAACUAUUAACUGUUUAAGUAAGUGGUAUGUAAUGAAGUAUUUGAAUGAAAAUAUUAAUAUUAAACUAAUUAUUUUACAGUCUUCCCUAUGUGUUGACAAAUGUACAUAUGUAAGGCAUAAUCAAUAAUUUAUUGUAUAAUGUUAUAUUAUCUUAGCUACCUAUAUUGUAAAAAAAUUGGCAAAACUUUGGUUCUUUUAAA